AUGGAUUCUCGACGAUUGGCCGUCAGCCGAUCUGGCUCGAGACCAGUUCCACCACCUCAGGGUCGGCCUCCCGCAAGAGAUGAGGAUUGGAGAACAUGGCCGUCUGUGAGGGUCUUCGUUCCCAAUUUGCCUCCUGGCACCACCACCUACGAUAUCCACAAGAACCUUCAUCGCUUUGGUAAAGUCGACUUCAUCCGCAUCGAGGAAACACCACAAGGAGUAUUUGCCAGGACGGCUCUGGUCACUUUCAAGCCACCGCCUCCUCGAAGAGCCCCGUGGGAUUCAACUUACUACAGAAAUGGCAUUGAGUUCCAGCUUCGAGAGCCCCAGGGUGAUGGCAACCACCGGGUCAGAGUCCUGCUUGCCAACAACCAACUUUCCAUGCGUUCUGUCGAAAGCCCUGUGCGCAGAGGUAUCAAGUACAGCCCGGAGAUGACCUUGAAUGGGAAGGCCAUUGACUUUGGCUACUUGGAACGUCCCAACUUGAUGGUGAUCAAAGCUACCAAGCGCGAUCCUGCUGCUGUCAAGCUGUUCCUAAACCUUGACCGACUGGAAAUUGAGGUCCAUUUCUCGGUUGUCAUGAAGUCCAAGGGCAAGUCCACGGCACGGGACUACCGCUUCUUUGUUGCUCUCGAUGAUCAGUUCUCCAUGUGCGAGAUACCCCAAGGUCCCACCACAUUCCUGGUUUUCCAUCUCAAGAACCCACCGUGGUACUCCCGACAGCUGAAGGAGGCCAUGCAGAUGAGCCACGAUCCCAAGUCUCACAGAUGGACUGCGGACGAUACAUGGUCUCGACAGACAGAUAUCGUGGACGACAAGGAGAGUUACAAUUUGAUCGACAACAGUCCUGUGUCCAUUCAGAAGCUCCAUAACAGCAUUAACAUUGCGCGUUGGACUACCUUCCGUCUCACCAUCGACUCCAGCAGCUCAAACUCCCCGACCUCUCCGGUCCGACAGUUCGUCAAAGCUCUUGAAGACUUCAAUGUCCCCGUAACCCAGAAUCCUACAUUUCAGGUGGUCACAGGUCCGCCCGGAGAUGCCCCUCUCUGGAAUCUGCUCGAUGGAUUGACCCACCGAUCAACCUCCCUAACCGAGCAGCUGUCUGCUAUCUAUCUUCCCUUUGAGUUGCGCUACCAGCUAGAAGUCUGCAUUUCCCAGGGUUGGCUCAACGAAUACACUAUCAACCAGGCAUUUCUACAGCAGCUCUCGAAUAUGCCAUUGCAGCGGGCUAAGCAGAUGCUUAUCCACGUCGACUCUCACCAGCAGCGAGUUUACGACCCAAUGCACAUCUUCAAGGACCUCCGAUACACUAAACCCGUCCGAGCCCGUGCACUGCCUGCCAACUGUAGGGAAAUCCAUCAUGCCACAGUCACGGCGACGGGGGUACUUUACCAUACUCCUUCUGUGGAGAUUACCAACCGCAUCAUCCGGAAGUACCAGCGCUACAGCGAUCGGUUCCUGCGAGUCCGAUUCGAGGACGACUCAUACCGUGGACGGACGAGAUUGUAUCCAGCCACCAACGGCAGAAUGAGACUUAUCUUCGACAGAGUCCGACGUACCUUGAAGCAAGGUAUCGUCAUCGGCGACCGACAUUAUGAGUUCCUGGCAUGGGGUAACUCGCAACUCCGAGAGCAUGGCGCCUAUUUCUUUGCAACUACCCGCAACCCUCAUAUCAGCCCCAACACGAUUCGAAAAGCCAUGGGUGUCUUCGACCGCGAACAGGUUGUGGCAAAGCGAGCGGCCCGAAUGGGUCAGUGUUUCUCAACGACCAAAGCAGUCUCGGUUGUCAGCAAGCGGAACUUCAAUAAGGAUCCUGAUAAAGAUAUCACAAAUGAAAAGUACAAUUUCACGGAUGGUGUGGGCAAGAUCUCAACCGUCUGUGCCCAGCUCGUCUCUUCAAGUCUCAACCUCAAGGGUCCGGUGCCAUCGGCAUUUCAAUUUCGGCUUGGUGGUUGCAAAGGGGUACUCGUGGUCGACACGACACUGCCUGGCGUCGAUAUCAAGAUCCGACCGAGUCAAUACAAAUUCCAAUGUGACUCCGACGAAUUGGAGAUCAUUCGUGUCUCGGAAUUCUGGCAGCCGUUCCUCAACCGCCAGCUGAUUCUGGUCCUGUCAGAUCUUGGUGUGCCAGACGAGGCCUUCUUACAGAAGCAGGAGGAUUGUAUCAAGGCACUGGAUCGUGCAAUGGUCGACGACACAGCUGCACUACGUGCCUUACGUGACAAUGUGGAUCCCAAUCUUGCGACCGUCGCCAUCGCUUCAAUGAUUGAAGAUGGCUUUCGACAAACUAACGAGGUAUUCGUCACAUCCCUUCUGCGGCUGUACCGGGCCUGGACGCUCAAAUAUCUCAAAGAGAAAGCAAAGAUCCCUGUACCUCAAGGAGCAUUCGUGUUGGGCGUCGUGGAUGAGACUAGCAAGUUGAAGGGGUACACAAGCAAAAUCCCACCAUCCAAGAACCUUAGUCAACAGGUGAGAGAAGAUCGAUUACCGGAAAUAUUUCUCCAAUACACCAACCAGCAGACUGGGCAACGAGAGAUUUUGGAAGGCGUUUGCAUCGUUGCUCGUAACCCAUCCUUGCACCGAGGAGAUAUCCGCGUGGUCAAAGCUGUCAACCUAGUCGAGUUGCACCAUCUUUGCGACGUCGUUGUCAUGCCAUCAACAGGUGAUCGUGAUCUUCCCAGCAUGUGCUCUGGCGGUGACCUUGACGGUGAUGACUACGUGGUGAUCUGGGAUCCCGACCUGAUACCUUUAGUGUGGGAUGCGGAACCCUUCAGUUACGAGGCGCCUGAACCCAUCACAAAGGCGAAGAUCACCAACGAGGACAUCAUCAACUUCUUUUGUGAUUAUAUGCAGAACGACUUUCUGGGAAGGAUAGCUCAUGCACAUCUCGCGGCCGCGGACUUCCUCAACGAAGGGAUCAGAAGUAGCCAGUGCCUCGAGCUUGUCAACCUACAUUCCAAGGCCGUUGAUUAUCCGAAAACGGGGGUUCCGGCCGAGAUGCCCCGAGAGCUGGAACGGACCAGAUGGCCGCAUUUUAUGGAGAAGAAGAGAUCGCCACAAUACAGAUCGCACAAGAUUCUGGGCCAAUUGUACGAUGCGGUUGAGAGGGUGGCAUUCGAACCGAACUGGGAAGGAUCAUUCGACCAACGCAUAUUGACGCAUCCUCCUCCUGCGGAGCCGAUCAUGGUUCUGGUACGCGGACUGAAGAAGAGUUACGACGAAAGUAUGCGAAGAAUCAUGGCCCAACAUCAGAUCAGCACCGAAUUCGAAGUGUGGUCUACCUUCGUGCUCCACCACAGCAAAGCCGCCCGGGACUUCAAGUUCCACGAGGAGAUCGGCCAACAUGCGAAGACACUGAAAGAGCAGUAUUACGAAGUCUUUGUGGACGAGGCCGGGGGACGUGAGUUCGAGAACCUUAUGCCCAUGGCUUUGGCAGCGUAUCACAUCACAUAUGAUGAAGUCCUCAAGGCUCAUGAGCAGCGUUAUCACUCUACCGAGACAGGCGAACAUUUGUCCAACCAGGGCAAUGCUAGCCCCUCUGCCGCCUCCAAAUCGGGAGAAAUGCCCUUCAUCAGCUUCCCUUGGAUUCUUCAGGAUGUCCUGGGAAGGAUCGCCAGGAAUACAUUCCUCGAGUACGAUCAGAUGCAGCAAGGCUCCCUCGGGCCCCGACCCUUUGCCACUCUUCCUCAGCAACACGACGAUUUUGCUGCCGCCUUUGAGCCGCACGACAGAGACCGCGGCUAUGGUAACUUCAUGUAUCUCGGAGAACAUCUGCCAGAUCCUUACGUGCCAGCAACAAUCAACAUCAGUGAUGAGAACGUCUUUCCAGGUGAUCUGCUCAUAGAGGAGACGGACGAAGCGACGACCAAAGCCACAGCACCAGAGUUGACAACGGCCUCGACCACCAUCGCGGCCAGAGACUCGACAACGCCAAAGCAAUCUUCCUUGACCAUGCUACUGCCUCCCAGAUCCGUGAGAACUGCUAAGCUCAAACUCUCCGAGGAGCUACCUGCAUCUGAGGAUAGCUCUGUCGUCUCUUCCGCAAUCAACUCAAUGUUCUCCAGCACUGGAAGCGCCUCUGCCACUCCGGACGACAUCUUUCCACCUCAUUCAGCCCUGUCCAAGCCGCAUGUCAAGUCCUCGCUUUUGGUAGACUUGGGCCCUAGCACCUCCAGUGCUUCGCAAGACUUGGAGCGCAACAAGGUCAAGACACAAGCCGCUACAACUCUCGAGUUUGAUGAUCCGGCUUACGCCGCUGAUGGCGCGCUUGUGGCCGGCGAUGACGACGAGGACGACUUCACGUUUUAA